AUGAAGCAUCGCUUUGACCUUUAUGUGAGAUACACUAUUGAGAUUGAUCUGCCAAAUCCGAUCACUACUUUGGAGGGUCUGAAUGGCGUGGCCAAUCGGGAGUUCUUCUACAUCCUGCGAGAGAUGACCAAGCUGCAAAUCUAUGGCUGUGGUGGAGCGCCCUCGGGCGGCUGGAGUGGACAUGUCGUGGCACAACUUCGCACAGACCAAGACCUUCAGCAAUAUUUGUCCAAGGACGUCCCUCCUGAGGGACCGGUGUAUGAACUGCACCUCCCCGAUGGAACCGACGCAGGUGCUUGGUAUCAGAACAACAUCCAGAGCUACCAGUCGCACAUCCAGAACUUGCAGGACCAGGUGAACAACCUGCGACAACAAGGGCAGGGACUCCAACAAGGCUUCAUGCUGUUGCAGCAGGUGGCACCAGUGCAAGAUGAACAGGUCUAUAGCAUCGUGCAGAAGUACGGCCAGGGAGUUCACCCUGCGGUGACCGCCAUGACGGGGAAUCCGGAAGAUCUCUUUUCCAACCAACAAGGCAUUCGAGUGCUGAGCUACUGGGGCUCUGAACCCCAAAGGAUGCAAGAUGUCUACCAGACCGGUGGCUUCCCACCGGUGGUGCAAGCCAUGAAGCAGUUUCAGGACGACCCUGGCGUGAGCCGCUACGGAGUUCAGUUUCUAUCACAUGCUGCAGGGCAGAGCACCGAAUACAUGCGGGAGCUACAUCAUCUGGGCAGUGUACCCAUUGUGAUCCAGCAGAUGAAUCAGUUCCCCCAGGAUGUGCAGCUCCAGCAGUUUGGCUGCCAGUACCUCUGUUCCAUGGCGCAAGCCAUGCCGGACGUCCGGGAGGAGAUCCUGCAGAACGGCGGCAUCCGACCCCUGAUCUCGGCCAUGAACAACUACCCCCAGGACCCCAUGGUUCAUCGCUAUGCCUUGUCAGCUUUAUCCCCCUUGGCCUACAUCCCCGAGAACGGCGCGCAGAUCAUCGAUGCUGGUGGGGUCUCCGCGGUGAAAAACACCCUGCAAUAUCACUCUGGCGAUCCGCAAGUUGCCAUCAGCGCGCUGAGUAUGAUCAAUGAAUUGGCGAAGCACGAUGGCUGCAAGGAUGCCCUGGUGGAGGCCGGCAUCAUCCCGAUACUUCUCAACGUCAUGCAGGGGCACGCGGGAAAUCCCCAUGUCCAGGCACUGGGACUGAAGUGCCUGGCAACGUUGUGUGCCAACAGCACCUCCAUCCAGUCUGGGCUGUAUCAUGCCCAAGGCAUUCCCGCGAUUCUCAACGCCAUCCGUUCUGCGGCAGAUACUCGGGCCACGGAUGCGGGCACCGUGGAACUCAUCACCGAGGGGGUGAAUCUCCUGGCAGCCAUCGCCAGUAACCAAGAGUGCCGGCCGCUGAUCAUGCAGCAUGGUGGCAUCGAGAUUACUUUGCAGGUCAUGCGCUUCUAUAUCGACUUCCCCUUGAUCCAGGAGCAUUGCCUGCGGAUCCUCUCGGGUCUCACUCUGUGGCCGGAAGCAGCAGCGAAGCUGCUGCAUGCAGGGUACAUUGACUGCAUCAUCGCCGCCAUGCUGAAGUACCCGGAACACCAGGGCGUUCAAAUGAGUGGAGCCUAUGCCUUGGGCAUGGUGGCUGGGUCUGACGAUGCCAAGAGCGCGGUCAUCAAUGCCAAGGGAAUCGAGGCUCUGGUUGCAGCGAUGUAUUGGCAUUCCACCGAUCAGCAUGUCAAUGAACAAGCCUGUGCGGCUCUGUCGAUUCUUUGCGAAUCGGAUCGCGGCAAGUCCACUUUGGCGAAGACGGUGGUGGAUGAUCAGAGCUCACCUGAGAUCAUCGCCAACUCCAUGCGGAACCUGUACAACAUCGGCAAUACCCUGAAGCAAAUUGCCAAAGUGGUGGCGAUUGCCGGUUUGGAUGAUGUGAUGAAGGAUGGCUUUUUGAAGGCCUUCAUCCUCAAUGGUCUGGUGCAAUCCCUGGAAAGCCACUCCCAGGACCAAGGUGUUGCCUUCUACGUGUUGAAGGCCAUUGUAACCUUGGCAUAUCCAUACCCACCUCCGCAGAUGCUGACUUUGUGUGGAAGUCUUCUGGAUAUCGUCAUCGCCAUCAUGAAGCUCUUCCACUCAGAGGCUCGCAUCCAGGAGACUGGUUGCGAGGUGCUUUCGAUUCUUGCGAGAUUGGAAGACAUGCAGGAACCGAUCAUCUCCAAAGGAGGAAUUGGUUUGAUUUGUUUGGCCCUGAAGACCUAUCAAGCCGACACUGGGAUCCAGCGCAAGGGCUGCCGCGCCUUCGCCAAUCUCGGAGAGUUCCAGGUGUCUCGCGAGGCCAUACGGAGAGAAGGAGGCAUUGAGCUGAUUGUCUUAGGCAUGAAGUACCAUGUGUCUCAUCCUGAAGUCGGAGAACAAGGUUGCGCUGCCCUGGCGAACUUGGCGCUGGACGAGGCCAACCGCAGUCACAUCGCGCAGAAGGAAGGCGUCAACGCGGUCUUGGCGGGUCUUCGCUUGCAUCAGAAUCAUCCAGGCAUCCAAGCAUUUGGACUGGGCGCCCUGGGGAAUUUGGCCACCGCGGAGGACAACUGCGCGGUGAUUCUGAAGGCAGGAGCCAUUGAUAUGGUGAUGCAUGCCAUGAAUGCGUGGAAAGAUGAAGCCCGGGUGCAGCACUUUGCUUGUUUGGCCUUAUCUAACUUUGCUCACGAUGACACCAACAAGGUGGCCAUUGGCCGUGCCGGUGGAAACCGGAUGAUCAUUGGAUCCAUGCAGAAGCACUCGGAACACGCAGGGGUUCAGGAACAGGCCUGUGGAGCGCUGGCCAAUUUGGGCGUCCACCAACAAAACAUGGUGGAGAUCGCUCAGCUCAGCGGCAUCGAACUGGUGAUUGCAUCACUGAAGAAAUUUCCCACUGAGCCUGGCGUGCAAGAGAACGGCUGUUUCGCAUUGUCCAAAUUUCUGACCAUGCCUAACGAGUCGUAUCGACAGAGAAUGAAACAAGCAGAUGCCGAGGCAGCCCUGGAAGUCAUCAAAAAUUCCAAGCCUUCCUUCGACGUGAAGAUCUGCUGCAACGUGUUGCUGCGUCGCCUGGGUGAAGAGGGGGCUGCACCUCCUCCCGGGGCUGCCGGGCUCGGGCCGCCACCAGGGUCCAUGGCACCGUCCUCCAUGGGACCUCCUGGGAUGGGCAUGGGCGGCGCCCCCUUGGGUGGUGCACCAAGCAUGGCACACAUGGGGAUGCAGCAGAUGCAGCAGCCGAUGCAGCAAACGCCCAUUGGCAACUGGAAGGGCGGCCCCGGGCCUGGACCUGGUGGCCCACCUCCAGCUACCAUGGGGCCGGGCAUGGGACCAGGACCAGGUAUGGGACCAGGCAUGGGACCCGGCAUGGGACCAGGCAUGGGACCCGGACCAGGCAUGGGACCUGGACCAGGCAUGGGACCCGGACCCGGCAUGGGACCCGGCAUGGGACCAGGCAUGGGACCCGGACCAGGCAUGGGACCCGGCAUGGGACCAGGCAUGGGGCCAGGUGGCUUUGGGCCCAAGGGCAAAGGCAAGCCUGGAGGAAUGCCAGGCUUCAAGGGGAAGGGCAAGUAG